AUGGAUCUCGGCUUCGUCUGGAUACAUAGUGUCGCCAUGAACCUUUCUGGGUCGCGUUUUUGCGCUGCCCAUCGCGACUUCAGCGGCGACCGACCCGUCGCCGUAGUGUCCAUGGAAUCCACGACAUGCGAGACAAUGACGGAGCCUGUUGAGAACUCUGACGAACGGUCCCCGUUCGCGAAGAUAUCGUCGGACGAGAGAACGUCUGACGAACGGUUCCUGUUCGCGAGGGAUAUCAAGAGCAAGCAAGUGUCACGAACAGUUCCCGUCCGCAAGGCGUCUACUGGCUGGUAUACGAACGGAACUCCUUGGCGAGACUGCGUGUUGAUGCCGCAUCCCGAAAAGUGGAAGGAUUUCUACGGUUUCGGGACUGCCCACCCGCUAUCAAAGCGCAGCCAAUGGGCAGGAACAAAAUGGAUAAACCUCGCUCAUUCACGCAACUUUCUCCGCUGCCCGGGCAGGGUGCCCCUCAUGAACGGCCACCCAUGCACCUCCCUCAUCGUCUUCUCGUCCAGAUUCAACGUGACACCGUAUCGCCAGUGCGCCCAGCUAUUGGCCACGAAAUGCCCAGGGCAGGCGUGCACACCAGUGCUCUGGGCGCAAAUGUUGGUUUCGUACGAGCGUUCGCCGUUGAGGGAAUGGCCAAAGCUCUACCAACCACGCCCCGCCUUAGGUUGCGCAUCUGAUAAGAAAAAUAAGAUGAAAGAUAUGAAUACGCACGAUAUCCAUAACCGGGCCCAGGUACAUAUUCACGCCUUUCCCUCGGAACUCUUCACCGAGCGCGGCACCGCUUGCGCGCAUCAGCGGCCUGCUGAACGACGACGCCGUGUUGAUGCCAUUCGGGAAGCCCGCUACGCCCUUUACGAGCCACAGUCCGGCCGUGCCGUCUUGAAAGCAAAUCGAAGGAACGCCUAG